CGCCCCCCCCCCCCCCCCCGAGAAAAGUAAAAGCCAACGCCCCACUGUUAACUCCUCAGCCAUGUCCUCCCUACUCAAAGGGAAAGCAGUGUAUCUGCGACUGUAGAGCAACUUGUGAAUAAGUCCGCUCAGCGCAUUUCAACACGACUUUUCAUCGAGGAAGUUGAUUCACCAACGGGAAAGAGAGAGAGAGCGAGAGAGAGAAAACUUGCCUUAACGGGAGCAGCGGUCAACACUGGGACUGUUAUUUAAAAGAGAAUAUCUUUCCAGUGACGCUCAAGACAAGUUUGUUUAUUCAAACGCUGUUCGUCGCUUCCUGGUGAUAAGGUUUUUAAUAUAACAUACGCUCGGUUUUAGUACGUUGUUACGGUACAGAAUGGCUGAUACAAGUGCAUCCAGCUCCGGUGGAAACUGCCUGGAGAGGCUGAAAAGUUACGUGAAGACCCAGAAAGGGUUUAUCCUCGCAGCAGAAAUACUCGUCAGUUUUAUUGUCAUCAUCUGCUACGCUGCAUCUCUAUAUGGAGGUUACUCCGCUGUGGCCAUCUGUGAGAUGAUCUUCGCCAUGGUCUUCUUCGGCAUCUUCAUGAUGGACUUGGACAAGCAGUUUCAGCUGGUCAACUGGACCUGGAGUGAUCUUUUCCGUGCUGGUAUCGGUGCUCUCCUUUACCUCAUCACUUCUCUGGUCUGUGUGAUUGGAGGAGCUGGGGACAGCCCUCGUAUUGCAGGCGGGGUGUUUGGUUUGAUUGCUGGUCUGCUGUUUGCUUACGACACCUACACCAUCUUCUUGCAAAUCAAGAGCACCAGGCAGCACACAGCAGCCUCCACCGAUGACAGAGUUUAAACACUCCAGAUUACCUGUGCCUCCGUCAAGUAAGCAGCAGGAGAAGAAGAGGAAGUUUGUGCAGAAGUUAACAGAAGAGUGAAUCAGAGGGGAUGACGGACAGUAAAUUGAACAGGUCAUAGUUUAAUCAAUGCCACUGUAUGGUGUGAAGAGAUGAGAGAUUUCUUUUAUGGCCACGCCUGAGAAGAGGAUGACAUAGCCAAAGUGAGCGGUACUGUACAUCCGUGCCUGUAUUUCAGACAAAACAAUGUCUACUACAUGAAGAAUUCCCCUCAUAAACCUCAAUGUACCACUGAAGCUCAAUGUCUGAUCUGAUUGAAAAGGGAAAACUGUAAAUAAUAGGCAAUGUAAAACUUUGGUUGAUGUCAUCACACAGCUUGUCUAAUACACAUUUCUACUUUUAAUGAACUGCUGAACUGCUGUAGUAAGUAGUAACUGUGUCAUUUAGACUUUUAAAGUAACUGACUCAUGAAUGGGUGCUUUAUGAAUUGUUUAACAUCAUCAUUAUAAUUCUUGAGUUUGUUUUCUGCAUUUGCAGUGAGGUUUCUCAGCUGGUUAAACAAUUCAUUCUCUGUUUUGUUUUGUUUUUAAAACAUUGGUCUUUAUGUGUUACAGUGCCUUUAACGGACAAGUUCAUAAUUUUCUGCCCUAAAACAACAGUCAGGUGCCCAAAUGAACAUUGACACAUGUUCUGCUCGCUGUAAUCAUUCCUCCUGUUCAUACUGACCAUUAGAAGAUCCCUUCAUACUGUGCUUUCGAUGUAAGAGAUGGGGACAAAAUCCACAAGCCUCCUUCUGUGCAGAGGUGUAUUUGAAGCUAAUACGAAGCUUCAGCUGUCCAAAUUAGUAAAAUCAAGUUAAUAUCUUUCAACAUAACAGUCCUUUUAGUGCCAGAAUCCCUCUUUUACUAUUCUUUCACAACCGCUGAACAGGAAAACAGUCCAUUGAGAAACAAAGAGGAACAUUUUUACUAAGAAGACUGUAACUGUGGAAGAUAUCACCUUUAUUUGACUUAAACUCAGAUGGCUGGAGUCUCAUAUUAUCUUCAGAUAAACUUUUGAAUACAUUUUUCUUAAAAUGAAGACCGUGGGUUUUGUCCCCUGUCAUUUACAUUGUAAGUGCAUUUGAAGGGGAACUUCUAUUGGUGGUUAUGAAGAGGAAGAUGAUUACAGUGAACAAAACCUGUCAAUGUUCAUUUGGGUACCUGACAAUUGUUUUAAGACAUACUUGAAAAAUUGUGAGCCUAUCCUUUAAUUCUCAUUCAAAUUAACUAAGCUUUUUUACCUAAACAUUUUGAAGUGAUCUACCGGCAUUGAUCAACAAUGUUUCAGAGGUUUUUCCACUAAUCAGAGUUUAAUCUGCAUAAUUAGCAGCAUUAACCGCUGACAUCCAGUAACCAUCAACCACGUGUUCAUUCUUGCAUUUCUAAAAUGAUUUGCAUCCCAGUGUCAUCCUCUGGUUUUACAUAUCUAUUCUGAUUGUUGCUCAGGUCUUUUUUUUUGUUUUGUUUUUCUCACACUUUCAACACAUUCAUAAGGCACAGAAUAUUCUACUGUUGACAUUUUAUUUAGUCCAGUAGUACAGUCCUGUUUAACAUUAGAGCAUAUGCUCUUUAUUGAUGAGGCAGAUGAAUUAAAACCAAUAUGUAGAAAAGUCACAUUGUUGGAAUUUUAUGAUAUGACUAUCAAGAUAUCUUGAUAAGUUCUGCAGUUGUUUCUCAACUCCAUGGUCGUUAUGUGUCCAAGUAAAACUUUGCCUCAUUGUUAUUAUUUUGUUUUUUUUCUAACGUGCUUUACAAAAGUGCAGUCGUGAUUUGGGAAAUAAAAGCCAUGUUACUACAAA